GCGACGUGCUCGCCCCCUUCUUUGUUCGGUUUGGGUGGGUGCGUGCGCGCUCUGUUCCCGUCCUGUGUGAGUGUGGUGGUGUGGUUCUGAUGCAAUAAUGAUCUGCCUGGUUUUAGCCAUUUUUGCGAACAUCUUCCAGACAGCAUGGACUGGGAUUCACGAGCGCACGUUCAUCGCAGUGAAACCGGACGGCGUGCAGCGCCGCCUAGUGGGGGAGAUCAUGCGCCGCUUCGAACAGAAGGGCUUCAAACUGGUGGGGCUGAAGCUGGUGCAGGCCUCAGAGAGCCUCCUGAAAGAACAUUACUUGGAGCUGAGGAACAAACCCUUUUAUAAAGGACUGGUCCGAUACAUGGGCUCUGGCCCUGUCGUCGCCAUGGUUUGGCAGGGGCUGGAUGUGGUAAAGACCUCACGUAAGAUGCUAGGAGAAACCAACCCUGCUGACUCUGCCCCCGGCACCAUCCGAGGAGAUUACUGUGUGGAGGUGGGCAGGAAUGUGAUUCAUGGCAGUGACUCUGUGGAGAGCGCUCAGAGGGAGGUCUCCCUCUGGUUCAAGCAGCAUGAGCUGGUCUGCUGGGAGGAUGCUGGAGAACCCUGGAUCUACGAGUAAAGCACUGACACGCAGCUCCUGGCUGUGCUGAGUGUGAGCUUACACAUUGCUUAGACUUUCAUAUUUAUGUAAAGAAUACAGACUAUGUCAUUCGCAGUUUAUUUUUGACAGUACAAACCAUAUAAAGGCCAUUCACUAAUUCACAUUUUUUUUCUAAGCCAGUUUGAAACUAGAAAGCACGCGCACAUGUGUACACACACACGCACACACACACACUAGCUCGUAGUUGAUGGCUAACUAGUUUAGACCAUCAUAUUUGCAUUUCCAUUCCUCUCUUGUCUCAAACUCCUCACUGCUCGAGGUCAGACUUCUCUUAUUUACAAGAAAUUAUAUUAUCUUUGCUGUGUCCCAUGUUGUCCGUAUCACAGCAUUAUAUUUUUAAACAGCUCUUUUGGAAUUUUUAAUAACACAUCAUGGGUCAUAAAUUAACUGGGCAAUACAUUUCUCAACACUCGGGAUCGUUCACCAGGAGAAUACAGAUGUCUUCUUCUAAUGAUCGCAGUGUAUCCAGAUCACGCUCCCUCCUGCAACAGUGCUUGUUUUCUGUUCCCACACUACACCACUCAUUUUAAUCAGAGCACCAGCAUUGCUGCAGGAGGGAGCGUGAACUGGAUACACUGUGAUCAUUAGAAGAUAUUUCUAUUCUCCUGGUGAACGAUCCAGAGUAAAAGUUGAAAAGUAAUUCCCUAGGUAAUUUACGUUUUGUGUGAAUAAAACACUGUCUCAGAAAUGACCCACCUGAGUUGAAUGUACAUCACCGCAUUGCGUCCUGGGCUGUUGAUGAUACUAAAGUUCAGCCAUUGUCAGAAUCUUGUCUGCGUUUUUCAGAUAGGAGGGUAGAAAUAGAUAUCAUGUCUGAUUUAUUUAAAGAUUGUUUUGUGAUAACCACAGAUUAUAAAUGUAUGUCUUGCAUUUCUAAAGCAAUAUUAAUUAUUGCUUGUCACUUUGUGCUGAAAAUCUUUUGAUUUUCUAUUUAAAGUAAAAUAAAUCUUCUGGUCUACUUCCUUCCUGUGUUUGUCUAUCUCAGAAUGAGGCUGUGUGAGCGAUCAGAUGCAAGAAGAAACUAGUUUAUUAGCAUUCUUGAAGUGUGUGUAUCCAUAUAAGAACAUAAGAAAGUUUACAAACGAGAGGAGGCCAUUCAGCCCAUCUUGCUCAUUGGUUGUUGGUCGCUUAUUGAUCAAGCAAUCAAACAAGCAAUCAAAAAACAACCAGCACCUUGGCACAAUGAAGUGUAAGUGAUCAUUUUAAGCAUUGGUUAUCAUUUCAAUUUUCCUUGGUAAAAAUGCUUAACUGUUCUUCAAAUUACAGUGCAGUUUACUUAAACCAGUUGAAUGUUACGAAUGACUCUGGGAGUUUUAUUUGCUUUACUUUUGUUAACUAUUAAACCAGGACCAUUAAAAAUAUCAAUCAAGUACACAUGUUGCUGAAAUUCUUGACCUGCUUAACAGAAAACUUUAAACACUAACAUAGCACUUAACAAUUGGGUACAACUAUCACAAAGUAACCUGUCUGGUUGCAGACAUUCAUUAGACUGCAUUACUCUGGGGAAGGUAAGGGAGGCCAAGAUUAGUGGCGAGUCAGGGCAGAUGCUUCGGCCGUGCCUGAAGUAAAAAUGGUGGCGGUGCCAAGCGUUCUAAAGAAUAUGCAUGGCAGCGGCUGAUUUAAUUCAGGUCUUUUUAUAGUUUUAUCUCCUCAUGUAUGAGUGUUGUGUGUGAAGGAUUAGAUGAAAUAGUCUCCUUUGCAGAUACAGGCAACACCCCUCACUCUAACAGGACUCCAGACUCAGAGCAGCCUGUCCGUCUAGGUUCAGCAGGAUCUAUCAAACACAUCCUCCUAGAGCAGUCGCUGGUGUAGCCUUAAAAAACAAAUGAAUGUUACAUACCAUAUUUCUAAUGUUUUGUAUUCUCAUUUUGUGUGGUUUACAUAAAAAAUGUAUUUGCUGUGACCAAAUGUUGAUAAUUAAAUCUGAUUAAAGAUUAAAUCUGUUUA